CUAGCUAAGCUUGGUCGGAUCGGACUAGCUAGCUAGCAGCGAUGGGGACGAAGUUCGUGUGGGCGGCGGGGUUCGCCGCGCUGGCCGUGGUGGUCGCUCUUUCUCUUGGUGUGACCACCGGCAUUGCCGAGGCGCGCACCUUGGACAAGGACGGCUUGCUGGGCGGUGGAGGCGGAGCCAGAGGAGGCUUUGGUGCUGGCCUCGGUCACGGAGGAGGAGGGAUCGGUCAUGGUGCUGGCCUUGGAGGUGGUUUUGGUGGUGGAGCUGGUCAUGGUGGCGGGCUUGGAGGCGGUUUCGGAGGUGGAAAAGGUGGCGGCUUUGGUGGAGGCGGCGGAGCAGGAGGUGGUGCCGGUGGUGGCGCGGGCGGAGGAGGCGGACUAGGCGGUGGCAUAGGAGGUGGUGCUGGCGGAGGAGGCGGUUUUGGAGGUGGUGCGGGUGGUGGCGUAGGCGGUGGGGGUGGUGCCGGUGGUGGGUUUGGAGGUGGCGCGGGAGGAGGUGCCGGUGGAGGCGUCGGACUUGGCGGUGGUGCUGGUAGUGGUCUUGGAGGUGGUGUAGGAGGAGGUGCUGGUGGUGGGUUUGGAGGUGGCGUGGGAGGAGGUUCCGGAGGAGGUGGUCUUGGAGGUGGCGCGGGAGGAGGUGCCGGUGGUGGCGGUGGCCUUGGAGGUGGUGUUGGUGGAGGCCGCGGGCUUGGCGGUGGUGCUGGUAGUGGUCUUGGAGGUGGCGCAGGAGGAGGUGCUGGUGGUGGGCUUGGAGGUGGCGCGGGAGGAGGUGCCGGCGGAGGAGGUGGUGCUGGUGGUGGCGUGGGAGGAGGUGGCGGUGGCCUUGGAGGUGGUGCUGGUGGAGGCGGUGGACUCGGUGGUGGCGUAGGAGGUGGUGCGGGAGGAGGUGCUGGUGGUGGGCUUGGAGGUGGUACCGGUGGGGGUCUUGGAGCUGGCGGUGGUUUUGGAGGAGGCAAAGGUGGUGGUUUCGGAGGUGGCAAAGGUGGAGGCUUUGGCGGGGGACUUGGUGGAGGCGGUGGUGCCGGCUUUGGAGGAGGUAAAGGUGGUGGUUUUGGUGGUGGAGUAGGCGGAGGCGCGGGUGGUGGGUUCGGAGGAGGCAAGGGAGGUGGCUUUGGCGUGGGUUUGGGUGGCGGAGCAGGCAGAGGUUUUGGUAGCGGUGGUGGUGCAGGCAGCGGUUUCGGUGCUGGUGCCGGAGGUGGUGGUGGUUUUGGUGGAGGUGCCGGUGGUGGACAUUAAAUCACGUCGAGCUCAUACGAAGCCCAACGCACAUACAAGAGCAGCAAUGUUUUGGUACGGAUCGGACCAAAGUUACCGUACCAAUUAACUUCUAUGUUCACAAGCCUAAGAGUGAAUAAUUUGAUAUAUAUAUAUAUAUAUAUAUAUAUAUAUAUACUCAUAUAUGUAGUAAGUGUCUUUGUUGUUUUAGAUGCUCGAGAGGUCUCUACCUUGACUAUCCGCUCAUGUACUUAUCAAAAUUAUGUUAUUUUGCAACCAAAUAUAUCAUAUAUGCUUUUGGCAACAUAAAGAUGCAGACGUUGAUGGUUA